AUGUCGAAUUUGGUAAACAAAAAAAUGUAUGUCUUAUAUGUUACGCGUCGGGAAUAAACGUUUCGUAAUGCUUAAGUAGGACACCUGACAUCCCGGCAACUUUGAUAAAAAAAAAUAUAUAUAUAUCGCAGUUCGCUCGAGGUGGAUCUACAUAUUCAUGACAUGAGGCUAGCAGCAUAGAAUCUCUCCAAUAAUCAAUCUGAGCACCAGGUUUGUCGGUAUGUUCUCCGUAUACCUCAAUGGUCCGAAUAGCCUCUCUCUAUUUGGUGGGGAGUGGACAUUUCAACCGGAUGCUUCAGAUUUCAUAUCCGGUGAAACAUGUGACUUCUUGUUUUGUCUUUGGUGUUAAAGUGGGCGAAUGUGAUAUUUGGUAUAACGUGCGAUAGUUUCAGUGACGGUGUUCGGUCAGUCUUACAGUAAAGAUGCCAUUGUGUGGAGGAACAACUGGGCCAAAGGAUGCCACUGAGGAGGUGCAGAAGAUUUGUAAUGAGAUGAAGCCGCAUGCAGAGCAGAAAACGGGGAGGAAUUUUGACGUUUUCACAGCGAAAAUUUACAAGACUCAGUUGGUGGCAGGGACCAACUUCUUCAUCAAGGUUCAUGUUGGUGGUGAAGACCAUGUCCACCUGCGCGUGUAUAAAAUGCUGCCACACGCCGGAAGCAAACUGGAGCUGACCAGCCUGCAGGAGUCCAAAGCCCACAGCGACCCCAUCGAGUACUUCUGAUUCACCCUGACCUUUGACCCCAUCAAGUACUUCUAAUGACCCCUGUGACCCAGGCGCAGUCCGAGCCGAACCCCGGUGCCUACCCAAUACACUACAGCCUCCUUUCCCUACACAUAAUAGAUCUAUGGUCAUUCUACAGCCCAGGUAGCCUUUUAAUAUCAGUUUUCAGUGUUUCUUCAAAUUAUUUUAUAAUAUGUAGCUGAAAGGAAACCUUCAUGUAUGAAGGGCAAUUGAAAUAAUGAAUGAGCUCCAAACAUGAAUGUAUAUUUGCCUACUCAAUUAAAGACAAUAUACUAUUUUGCCACAUGGUUAAUACAUCAUAAUACUUUGUAACGAAGAUGAAUUCCUUGUCCAUUAUCGAUGGUCUUUGAACACAAUUUCAAACCUAGAUCAACCCAUUGCCCUCAGGUGACAGGUUAACACCAGCCUGGAAGCAAGUCCCUGCAGCAAUGUUCCAACAUUUCGUGGAAAGAAGAGUGGAGUCUGUUACAGCAGCAACGGGGGGACAAACUCCAUAUUAAUUUCCAUGAUUUUAGAAUGAGAUGUUUUACGAGCAGGUGUCCACAUACUUUUGGUCAUGUGGUGUAUUUCUUAAGUUUUAUGCAUACAUUGUUGACAUCCUUGUUAGUGAGCAUGUCCCCUUUUCCAAGAAAAUCCAUCCAAUGGACAGGUGAGGCAUAUCAAGAAGCUGAUUUAAAUAAAAAAAUGAUCCUUACACAGGUGCACCUUGUGCUGGGAACAAUAAAAGGCCACUCUAAAA